AUGUUGAAGAGCAUAGUUGGUCUUGGUAGCCGGACGGCGCCAGUGCGUUUUUUCGGCGUGUCGCUGCGGGCGUUCAACGACUUUGACGUGCUCAAAAACUCCGACAAGACCCCUCCAAAAAGAAACGCCAGCACUGUUUUUGACAUUGACGAGUUGAUUGCAAACUCGCCUGACCUCCAGGACUCGGGCGCCCAGCGGAAAAGAUACGACGAGUACUCCUUUGGCAGCAGUGCCAAGGACCCAAGAGAAGUGGCCAAAGCUAUAAAUAUCACUGGUCCUUCGAGCGGGCGCAGCGUGGAUGUGAAGUUCAACAAUGUGGCGUUUGCUAUCGGAAACGUUUAUUCCAUUCUCAAGGCCAAUAACGUGAGAGGCCAGUGGCAGGUGCAGAAAAGGUAUAUGCGUCCAGCCAAGUACAGAAAGGAGAAACACAGAAGAUGGUGGAGAAAGCAGUUCGCCAAGGGCUUUUCCGACUUGAUGGCGCAGGUCACAGACGCUAAAAGAAGAGGUUACUAG